CAGUGUUUGUAAGAUUCAUGCAACUCCCCUUAAUUUGUUCUUUCCUAUUUGAUUUUCUAGACCAAGAGUACAUGAAACUAGUUCAUGUGUGACGUGAGAUAUAUUUUAUAGAGGAAACAAGCACAGAUGAUGAGAGAAAUGGCAACGUUGAGCAAAUUUUCUGAAGAUAUGAUGGGGAAUAUCCUGUCGAGACUGCCUCCCAAGUCUCUGAUGCGAUUUAGAUGCGUCCUCAAGUCGUGGCAUGACCUAAUCGAUAAACCUAGCUUCGUGGACCACCACCUUUCCAUUUCUAUGGACAACAAAGUCACCUCCUCCACUUACGUCCUCCUCAAGCACAAUGUCCUCACGGACCCCAGCAUUAAGGACGACGAGAAGGCAGUUAGAGCUACUCUCUUCAACCCCGACAGUAACCAAAGGGACAUUUUACUCUCCUCACUUAAUCUCGGCAGCCUUGUCGACGACGGUCUUGAGAUUGAGAACCAUGUCGUUCCGCCUCCUAUGAGAGGAUACGCAUUGAGCCUAGAAAUUUCAGGCUCUUGUGAUGGCCUCAUCUGCCUCAAUACUUUUAACAGCGAGGACAUUGUUUUAUGCAAUCCAGCACUCGAGGAAUAUAGAGUUCUUCCCAAGUCUUGCAUUCUUUUGCCUCCGCGAGUUCCACGUCAAUUUGAAGAAAAUGAAGAGGAUGAUUAUUAUGAAGAAGACGAAGACGAUGAGAUAGAAUCGAACCCGAAAUGUGUGGGGUUCGGGUACGAUCCGAACUCGAAAGACUACAAAGUUGUUCGAGCUGCACAAUUUGUCUCCGGGGUCUUUACCCAGCACCCCUCCAAAGUAGAGGUUUACAGCUUGGCUGCCGAUACUUGGAGAGAGAUCCCUGUUGACAUCCAGCCUCAUGGCUCUCUAAACCCGUCUUACCAGAUGUACUUCAAGGGAUUCUUUUACUGGAUCGCGUACUGGACGGAAGAAAGAAAUGUCAUCCUUUCGUUUGACAUGAGCGAGGAGGUGUUUCAUGACAUAGCUCUUCCGGAGAGUGGCCCAGAUGCAUAUGAAUACACAAGCAUUGCAGUGUGGAAAGACUCUCUGGUUCUCUUGACCUACCCUGUGGAAAACGAAGCUCCUAAAACCUUAGACUUGUGGGUCUUCGAUGAAGACUUGAAAGGUGCUAAGGGUUUGUGGACAAAGCACUUGGCUAUAGGACCUCUGGAAAAAGGGGUUGAGGCUCCAUUGGUGUUUUGGAAAGAUGAGGAGCUUCUUAUGGUUACGACUAAUGGGGAUGUGGUAAACUAUAGCCUUGAUACACAAAAGCUCAAGCAUGUCCCCCGCCAUGGAUUGGGAGAGCCAACCAAUAUCCAAGCGGUUCCUUACGUGAAUAGUAUUGUUUCAAUUAAGCCAGGCAACAAGAUUGAAAGCAUAUAGAUAAAUGCUAACUAAGCUAUAGCAACAUUAAAUAUAUCUCACCUUCUCCAUCAAGGCUUACAUUUUGUUGAAAUUAUUCCUUUUCUCAUGUUAUUUUACG